GCGAGCGAGAGGCGGGCGCGCAGCCGGCCCGCGGGCGCCCCACUAUGCUCCCCAGCGCCGUGGCGGCCCACGCCGGCGCCUACUGGGACGUGGUAGCCUCCUCCGCGCUCCUGAACCUCCCCGCAGCGCCAGGCUUUGGUAACCUGGGCAAGAGUUUCCUGAUCGAGAACUUGUUGCGGGCCGGGGGCGCCCCGCCGCACGGGCUGCCGCCACCCGCGCCCCACGGCCCGGCGACGGCUCUAGCCACCGCCACAGCCGUCGCCGGCGCGCAGGUCCGGCCCCUGCCGGCCAGCCCUGUGCCUCUCAAGCUGUGCCCCGCGGCCGAACAAGUCAGUCCCCCCGGGGCGCCCUACGGCACGCGGUGGGCUUUUCAAGUGCUCAGCGCCUCGGCGGACGGGGCAAGGCUGCCGGGCCGGGCUUCGGCGGACCGGGACUGUACCUUCCAUCCUUCAACCCCAGCGCCUUCCAAACCUUUUUUUCUGAGUGCCCCGCCAUUCUACUCGGCGUGCUGCGGUGGGUCCUGUCGGCGCCCUGCAUCCCCCACUGCCUUUGCAAGAGAAGAGAGUGUGCUGCCUCUCCUGACACAGGACUCUAAUUCCAAAGCCCGGAGGGGUAUCUUAAGAAGAGCCGUCUUUUCCGAGGACCAGAGAAAGGCUCUGGAGAAAAUGUUUCAAAAACAGAAAUAUAUCAGCAAAACAGACAGAAAGAAACUUGCCAUCAACUUGGGACUAAAGGAAUCGCAGGUGAAAAUUUGGUUUCAGAACAGAAGGAUGAAAUGGCGGAAUUCCAAAGAGAAGGAAGUGCUUUCCAACAGGUGUAUCCAAGAAGUGGGCCUUCAAGAGGAUCCCCUCUCGCGAUCUGCUCUGGGUUUCCCUUCUCCGUGUCCUUCACUCUGGGAAGUCUCCCGACAGCACUCGAGUCCAAGAUGGAGGGAGAAUUCGCCAGAACCUUCAGAAAGACUAAUCCAGGAGAGUUCAGGGGCACUGCCCCCAGAAGCAAAUUCACUGCAAGGUGCCUUGUAUUUGUGUUCUGAAGAAGAAGCUGGAGACAAGGGUGCACUUCCUGGGGCCGUCUGAACGGAGACGUUCCUCCAUGUUAAUUUAAAAAAACACUUAACUAGUAGCGUUUGGACUCUAAAGCCAGCUAGCUUGUGCCUCUUCAGUGCCUAAAACCUAACACCUUCGGAGUGAUGUGUGAACUAAUGCCUUAGGAGACCCUCUCCAGUGUUCUUUUAUUUGGGUCCUAGACUCAGAUUUAAUUUGUAAGUGGAAUAGAAUCCCUCAGAAAGUAAGAUGGAACUGAAAAGAAUGAGAGUAAAAGUUGGCUCAGUCCCUGCUCUGAGUAUGUGUAUAUAUGCAUAUGUCUGUCUGUGUGUAUAUAUAUAAAUAUGCAUUAAAAU